AUGGAUAGGCGCAUCAAGUAUCUAGUGGAUAGUCGCUGGUUCAAACAGUGGAAGAAAUAUGUUGGUUUUGACAGCUGGGACAAAUACCAGAUGGGAGAUCAGAUUGUGUAUCCUGGUCCUAUUGAUAAUUCUGGACUUCUCAAAGAUGGUGAUUCUCAGGCUCUCAAGGAACAUCUCAUUGAUGAGCUGGACUACAUCCUUUUGCCAACUGAAGGCUGGAAUAGGCUAGUUAGCUGGUACACACUGAUGGAAGGUCAAGAACCAAUUGCACGCAAGGUCGUUGAACAGGGUAUGUUUGUAAAGCACUGCAAAGUAGAAGUAUAUCUAACAGAAUUAAAGCUUUGCGAAAAUGGAAAUAUGAACAACGUAGUCACACGAAGAUUUAGUAAAGCUGAUACAAUAGAUACGAUUGAAAAAGAGAUAAGAAAAAUCUUCAAUAUUCCAGGUGAAAAAGAGACCAGAUUGUGGAACAAAUACAUGAGUAAUACUUUUGAACCUUUGAAUAAACCAGACAGUACAAUACAGGAUGCUGGUUUAUACCAAGGACAGGUACUGGUGAUAGAACAGAAGAAUGAGGAUGGAACAUGGCCAAGAGGUCCUUCAGCUCCUAAGUCCCCAGGUGCAUCAAAUUUUUCAACUUUACCAAAGAUCUCUCCAUCUCUAUCAAAUAAUUAUAACAACAUGAACAACAGAAAUGUGAAAAAUUCAAACUAUUGUCUCCCAUCAUAUACUGCUUAUAAGAAUUAUGAUUAUUCAGAGCCAGGAAGACACAAUGAGCAGCCAGGCCUGUGUGGCCUGAGUAACUUGGGGAAUACAUGUUUCAUGAACUCAGCAAUUCAGUGUCUGAGCAACACACCUCCUCUUACAGAAUACUUCCUCAAUGAUAAAUACCAAGAAGAGCUGAAUUUUGACAAUCCUUUAGGAAUGCGAGGUGAAAUAGCAAAAUCUUAUGCAGAGCUUAUCAAGCAAAUGUGGUCAGGAAAAUACAGCUAUGUUACCCCAAGAGCAUUUAAGACACAAGUAGGACGAUUUGCACCACAGUUUUCUGGUUAUCAGCAACAAGAUUGUCAAGAGCUACUGGCUUUUCUUUUGGAUGGAUUACAUGAAGAUUUGAAUCGAAUCAGGAAAAAGCCUUACAUUCAGUUAAAGGAUGCAGAUGGGAGACCUGACAAGGUGGUUGCUGAAGAAGCCUGGGAAAACCAUUUAAAAAGAAAUGAUUCCAUCAUUGUAGACAUAUUUCAUGGCCUUUUUAAAUCCACCUUAGUUUGUCCUGAAUGUGCUAAGAUAUCUGUAACCUUUGAUCCCUUCUGUUACUUGACACUUCCAUUACCCAUGAAAAAAGAACGCACCUUGGAAGUUUAUUUAGUUAGAAUGGAUCCACUGGCAAAGCCUAUGCAGUACAAAGUAGUUGUUCCCAAAAUUGGAAAUAUAUUGGAUCUUUGCACAGCAUUGUCAGCUUUGUCUGGGGUUGCUGCAGAUAAGAUGAUUGUUACUGAUAUAUACAAUCAUAGAUUCCACAGGAUAUUUGGCAUGGAUGAAAAUCUAAGUAGUAUUAUGGAGCGUGAUGACAUUUAUGUAUUUGAAAUUGCUAUCAAUAGAACAGAAGAUACAGAACAAGUUAUAAUUCCUGUUUGUUUAAGGGAAAAGUGCAGGCACACAAGCUACAGCCAUAGUGGUUCUUCACUGUUUGGUCAACCUUUUCUCAUAGCAGUGCCUAGAAACAAUACUGAAGAUAAACUGUAUAACCUGCUGCUGCUAAGAAUGUGUCGGUACAUUAAAACAUGUACUGAAAGUGAAGACACUGAAGGAUCCCUACAUUGCUGUAAGGACCAUGGUAUCAAUGGUAAUGGCCCAAAUGGAAUACAUGAAGAAGGAUCUCCAAGUGAAAUGGAAACAGAUGAACAAGAUGAUGAAUCCAGCCAGGAUCAGGAACUUCCUUCAGAGAAUGAAAACAGCCAGUCAGAAGAUUCAGUUGGAGGUGAUAAUGACUCUGAAAAUGGAUUAUGUACUGAGGAUACUUGCAAAGGUCAACCACUUAUGGGACACAAAAAGCGAUUGUUUACAUUCCAGUUCAAUAAUUUAGGCAAUACUGACAUAAAUUACAUCAAAGAUGAUACCAGGCAUAUUAGAUUUGAUGAUCGGCAACCUAGGCUUGACGAAAGAUCUUUCCUUGCUUUGGAUUGGGAUCCUGAAUUGAAGAAGAGAUAUUUCGAUGAUAGUGCAGCGGAGGAUUUUGAAAAACAUGAAAGUGUGGAAUAUAAGCCUCCCAAAAAGCCUUUUGUGAAAUUAAAAGAUUGCAUUGAGCUGUUCACAACAAAGGAAAAACUAGGUGCUGAAGACCCAUGGUAUUGCCCAAACUGUAAAGAGCAUCAGCAGGCUACCAAGAAGUUAGACUUGUGGUCACUGCCCCCCGUACUGGUAGUUCAUCUAAAGCGCUUUUCCUACAGCAGAUACAUGAGGGACAAGCUGGAUACAUUGGUUGACUUUCCAAUAAAUGACUUGGACAUGUCAGAGUUCCUUAUUAAUCCCAAUGCAGGGCCUUGCCGCUACAACUUGAUUGCGGUCUCCAACCACUAUGGAGGAAUGGGAGGAGGGCAUUAUACUGCCUUUGCAAAAAAUAAGGAUGAUGGAAAAUGGUACUACUUUGAUGACAGUAGUGUGUCCACUGCAUGUGAGGACCAAAUAGUGUCCAAAGCAGCAUAUGUGCUCUUCUACCAGAGACAGGACACGAUCAGUGGAACUGGCUUUUUCCCUCUUGACCGAGAAACAAAACAAGGUGCUUCAGCUGCCACAGGCAUCCCACUAGAAAGUGAUGAGGACAGCAAUGAAAAUGAUAAUGAUAUAGAAAAUGAAAAUUGUAUGCACACUAACUAAUGGAAGAACUAGAAGCCAUAAAAGAGACUUUCACAGGGGAUACCUAUUGAAAGAGUGAAAUUGCCCACCAAAUUAAGAAUAAAAAUCUGAGAGGGGAAUUUCAGAUAACAGAAUGUAAAUCUUUAUUACAUUUUAACAUGUGCAGUACUUGAAGUGAAACAAUAAAAAGUUUAACAGAAA